AUGUCGAAUAAGAUAGUGCCUACUAUCUAUCGAGCUGUGAUAGACGAUGUUAUCCGUGCCAUUAAGCCCGAAUUCGACGAAUAUGGUGUUUCUGAGGAUGUCCUAGCUCAACUGCAGCGUAAAUGGGAGGACAAAGUUAUCGCAUCCCACGUAGCAGAAUUUGAAACACCUGCGCCACCCCCAUCUGCCCCAUCGGCUACCCAUCCUGCGAUAGUUGCUGCAGCGGCCGCUCAGCAGCAACCACAAAUACAUCACGUAUAUCCGACACAUCCCCUUAUGAUUCCACACUACGGCCAGCAACACAACCCUUACGCCCCCAUAGCUACCCCACAACCGACAGUGAAAGCUGAACCUGUUGAUAAUAGAUAUGUGUUAAACCCGCCUCCGUACACUUUACCCCCUCUUCCGGGUCCCAAUAUUGCAACCAGGCACUUACCUGCCCCAGCGACAGUGUCCCCUAAUCCAGGUGGACAAACGGGUGUAAUCAAUUUCCCUCGAAAUGGACAAACUCAAUCAAGCGUAUCGCGACCAUAUGCUAUCCCUGCUCAGACGUCUACGACACAGACCCCAAGGUUACCGCAAGUCGAUGGUCCAUCUGAGUCAUCUGGUGACGAGGAUUCGUCUUCUCCUCCUCCUGGACAAUUUGCUCCAAGAACCUCUCACCCUUCUUUGCCUCAGCCUCCAGCCCCUUCUGGACCUUCGAAUCAAGAUUCCGAGGCCAUCAACAGUGACCUCGAUGAUUCAGAUACAGAAAAUGAAGACGAAGACGAAGAUGGUGGCGCAGGGGAAACCGACAUAGUUUUUUGCACUUACGAUAAAGUUGCCCGCGUCAAGAAUAAGUGGAAGUGUGUAUUAAAAGACGGUAUGAUCCAUAUCAAUGGCAAAGAUUAUCUUUUUGCCAAAUGUACAGGACGAUCAAGCUCCUCUAGUACAGACCGUCACAACGGAGGAAAGGGAAAUAGUUUUCUUGGAAUGGGUCGAAACAAUCGUUUAGACGACGAUCCAUCUAUCCAGGGUGCCAGGGAAAAAGUUUCCGCGGCUGAAGAUGCAGAAAAGGAGGCAGACAGGGCAUUGAUUGAAGCUCGACAACGCGUCAAACUUGCCCGUGAACACGUUCAGAUGCUUGAGCGCGAGGCACUCGAAGAGGCAAAGCGUGCCAAAGCUAAACAAGCUCAGGCAAAGAUCGUCAGCAAAAGUGCAAAAGGAUUGGGGCGCCAUGGAAUGUAG